GGCACACUGACGCGAGCCUCCACUGUUUGGGCCAGCGUCAUUUCUCAGUGACAAGCAGAUAUGCAAGGACUCGCCCAUCUGCUGGGGGAAACUAAAGCAGAGGUGUUCCGUUCCAUGAGUGGUGCGUGAGGUUAGCAGUCGGCUUUUUGUAUCAGGCCGGUGCGCGCCCUGUGCGGAGUUCGGGUUCACUCCGCUCAGGACUUGAAUAGUUUUGGGGGCUUUGGCCAGAUCGGGGUUGCGAUCAUUCAUUGGACUACAGUGACCGGGCUGUCCCAGGAGAGAGUGAUAGGAAAGGAGGGACCUGUAUCCCAGACUGUGGCCUUCUGGACGAGGAACAGGAGCUUGAUGUAUCACAGGCUUUUCCCUAAUCCUCCCCUCCAGCAGUCACAUCCACUCGUUCACUGACUGGCCCGUGGAUCUGUAGUGCAGUCCUGUACUGUAGCUUGCUCUCUGACAUUCCGCAGCUGGGACCUGUGGAGCCUUUUCUGUUACCUCUCCGGUAGUGUGCAGGGAAAAGACCAGCAGAUGGCGCUGUUCUCGCGAAAUUAUACAUGGUCCCUCUGGACAAGUUCACCUGUGCCUUAGACUCAUGUCCAUUCGCACCUGUGUCCCUCUGCGACGAAUGGGUAUCAUGGCCUCCAUGUGACUGAUGCUCGUGAAUCCAAAUUCACCUUCCUCUGUAGGCCACCCACUUCUAGGGUCCUGGGUGUUGCUGCCAACCUAUUGCCUUUUUCCAGCCAUUCCCCAUUCUGUUCUGCACUUGGUAAACUUGAGUGGUCUGCUGGCUUCACAAAUUGUAGAUUCUCAGGGGUUCUUCGUGUCUCACUUUGGGUGUCCCCACUGAAUUCUUAGGUCUGUGGAUUCUCACCCUCAUCCCCAUCUCACAUUGCCACCAACCUUUCAGGGUUUCAAACCAUCCCUGAAACUUGGCCAAUCCGCUGCCACCACCACCACUACUGCUAUUGAAUCAUUACAGCUAGGUCUCGCUAGACCUGGUCAACAGGUGUCUUCAUUUACAGCUAGAAAUGAUUUCCAACUACUUGCCAAAGGAAGCUCAAGGGUUCUCCGCUAUCUGUUCAGCUACCCAUCCCUCCAGUCACAGUUACUGUGUCUGUCUGUGCAGCAGUAAUCCAACCUAGGUAGUGUUGACAGUCAAGGCUGCCCAAGGGGUCAGAUUUCCUCAAAGCUGCCACGGCCGAUUUUAGGAGCAUGUGCCUCCAUCCCCCUGGAUCUGAUAGAGUAUACCAGGAAUGAUGUUCCUGGACUUGUCCCCAUCUCUUGUGCUCCCUUGUCCCUAUACAAGUCUCUCAAGCCCUUCUUGACAGCCCCUAUGACAUCCUCCCUCAAAGCACAGCUGGCCUCAUCCCCUCAACCUGGUAAGAGGCCCUAGGUUGGCACUGUUUCUAACUGAAAGUUACAGCCAUGCUCCAUCCAGAACUGAUACUUGGGGGACCUGUUGGGAAUGGUACUGACUCCCUGCCCUUCCUCCAGGAGCUGGUGAGCAGACUACUGCAUCUGCACUUCAGGGAUUGCAAGACUAAAGUCAGUGGGGAUGCACUGCAGCUCAUGGCGGAGCUCCUGAGGAUCUUCGUAAUAGAAGCUGCUGUCCGUGGGGUUUGGCAGGCCCAGGCAGAGAACCUAGAUGUUGUGAACGUGGAUCAGCUGGAGAAGGUGCUUCCUCAGCUGCUCCUGGACUUCUAGAAGAUUGCACCUGUAACCUGCCAAGUCUCGGAUGAAUUCACAUCAGCACUGACAUCUAGUUUCCAAGUUCUCCAGCUUCCAGAGGAUGGGAAGAUCCCAGCAGCUGUUACCCUUCCCAGCUAUUGCCUCUGGGGGUCCUUGUGAGACAGGUGCAGGGAAAGGUGGACCAGCCUGCCCACAGCCACAGCCACCACCACCCCAGCCUUUGACUGUAAACAAACCAGCCACUGGCAGUGCCGCCUUCUUGCCACCUACAUCAAAGCUUCUGUGCAGCUUUGUAACCACCUGACCCCCACCCCCAGGAUGCCUCCCUGAGCUGUAAAUUUGUUCUUACAAAGCAACAUCAAUAAAUCAACACCAUCUCUCUGA